AUGAGAAAUGGAAGAAGAGGUCCAAAUUUGAAUAUUGUUUUAACAUGUCCCGAAUGUAAAGUAUACCCUCCUAAGAUUGUGGAAAGAUUCAGUGAAGGUGAUGUGGUCUGUGCGUUAUGUGGUCUAGUGUUAUCUGAUAAAUUAGUUGACACAAGAUCAGAAUGGCGUACGUUCUCUAAUGAUGAUCAAAAUGGUGAUGAUCCUUCACGUGUUGGUGAAGCAUCAAAUCCUUUAUUGGAUGGUAAUAACUUAUCUACAAGAAUAGGGCAAGGUGAAAAUACAGAUAUGAGAUUUACUAAAGAAUUAAAUAGAGCCCAAGGUAAGAAUGUUGUAGAUAAGAAGGACAAUGAAGUGCAAGCUGCAUUUGCAAAAAUUACUAUGCUUUGUGAUGCAGCAGAAUUACCUAAGAUUGUUAAGGAUUGUGCUAAAGAAGCUUAUAAAUUAUGUCAUGAUGAAAAACCGUUGAAGGGGAAAUCAUCAGAAAGUAUUAUGGCCGCAUCAAUCUUAUUAGGUUGUAGACGUGCUGAAGUUGCAAGAACUUUCAAAGAGAUUCAAUCUAUUAUUCACGUUAAGACUAAAGAAUUCGGUAAGACUCUAAAUAUUAUGAAAGGUAUUCUUAGAGAAAAGAGUUCUGAUGGAUUUAUUAAGAUUAAUACUGACAAUAUGAGUGGUGCACAGAAUUUAACAUAUAUUCCAAGAUUUUGUUCUCAUUUGGGUUUACCUAUGCAAGUUACUACUGCUUCAGAAUAUACUGCUAAAAAGUGUAAAGAAAUUGAAGAAAUUGCAGGUAAAUCACCAAUUACUAUUGCUGUGGUUUCAAUCUAUAUGAAUAUCUUAUUAUUUAAGAUUCCUGUAUCGGCAGCAAAAGUAGCACAGAUUUUACAAGUAACAGAAGGUACUAUCAAAUCGGGUUACAAAAUCUUAUUCGAGCAUAGAGAUAUCGCAGUUGAUCCACAAUUGAUUGCUGAUGGAACUGUGGCGAUGGACAAUUUACCAAGAGUAGAAAAGGACAGAGGUUCAAAGGCAGAUAAGAAAAAAUAG